UCAGCUGGGAGUCGCAGCUGGACAUGCAGAACCUGGAGCUUUGAACAUCAGACUGGGCAGCUUUUAUUUUGCAGAAUGCAAGAAAAAAAGUCCAAAUAACACGAGGAAACUUGACAGGAUGUCUAACCAAUCUAAUCUUCCUGCAAAACUCAGCAACUGAGGGGAGUUUUGUGCUGCAGCUCAUCACUUGCCCGAAAAAAAUCAUUCCCACAAGGAGAAAGUGUUUCUGCCUUCUGACAGCUGCCGAGCAGGGCCACCAAUUGCUCCAGCUGCCGCUCCCAACAGCCCCCUGCAAGAGCACAGACAUCAGUGCCCGUUGGCUUUGGCUGCCCUGGGGCAGAGAAGUGCCCCGGGGACACAGCUGUGUGGGGCAGGAGACGGGCACCAGCCCUGCCAGGACUGGGGGCGGUGGCAGGUCUCCUUGGGCGAGGACUUGCCAGAGCUGCUGAUUUUGGUGCAGCCCCGGGCAAUGGGGUGGGAGCAGCACUGGUGCCCUCGCCCCCACGUUCCUUCUGUGUGUCACAGCCCCGUGUUCGGGAGGGCCACCAGCUGGCACUUCUCCCAAGGAGCCCGUGCCAGCUCGUGUGGAGGCCCCGUGGCCUUCCCGCUGUGGCUGCCUCGGCAGCCGAGGGGGCUCCUUCUGCUGCCGUGGGCAGGCACAGCAGGGGAGGGUUUGCUUAGUUUUUCAGCUGUGCCUAAAGUUUGUGUCCAGCUGUCUUGGAUGCUUUGGAGAACGGACUCCUUCCCGCUUGGGGCAGGUUGGCCGGGCUGGGGGAGUCCCCAGGGCACGUGGCAGGGUGUCACAGGGCCCUUUGUGACACGGUGGGAUGGCACGGGGCAGGGUGUCACAGGGCCCUUUGUGACACGUGAGGACAUAGCACUGGUGGUGAGGUGGCAACGCCUCAGUGCUCCUCGGAGCAUGCAACGGGACAGACGGAACAGAGUGGUGCUGUGCGGAGCCCCCGUGCAGCCAACUCCUUCCUUUCUGAACCGGAGCAUUUUGGUGGAUUUUCUGUGGUGUGAGCGUCCUCAAGGCCAGACCGCGGGACUUGGCGACACGGAGCUUUUGCGAGGUGUCCCCAAUCCCUGUGGCAGCUGCCCUUGAGGCCGCACUGCAGGACUUGAUAACCCCUAGUGUUUGCUAGGCUUUUCUGUCUUUCAGGUGCCCCUGAGCCCAGACUGCAGGACUUGCUGACCCAUACCGUUUGUUAGGCUUUUCUCUCUUUCAGGUGCCCUCGAGGCCAGACCGCAGGAUUGGGGACCCGGAAAUUUUCCGGAGUCUCCAAUCCCUGCGGUAGGUGGCCUCGAGGGCAGCCUGCCGGACUUGGUGACCCGGAGAUCUUCCGAGGUGUCUCUCUCUUGCAGGUGCCUUCAAGGCCAGACUGUGGGAUGGCGGGAAGACGCCUGAGCCUGCUCAAGCCCUUUCGGAAGAAGAAGGAAGGCCCUGGAGCUGCCCCAACCCAGCACCCGGAGAAGAUGGAGCAGUUGCAUCCCCUGCAGGAAGAUCCAGGCCAGGACCGGACACAGGAACAGGACCGCGCCCGUGGAUGCUUCCGCAGGGCAGCACAGGCCUUUCUGAAAUUCUUGGGCAUUCGGCGUAAAAGGACCACAACCAGACCAACCGAGGUCAUGGCACAGCCUGACCCCAGCCCAACUGAGCUCGAGGAAGACCCUGAUGUCACCACCACACUGACUGAUGGCACAGGAAACUCUGAUACCCCGACGAUUGUUCACACAACAAAGUCUGACCCUGCUAUGACUGAUGCUACAACAGACACUGACACCCCAUCAAUUGUUCACACAACAAAGUCUGACCCUGCUAUGACUGAUGCUACAACAGACACUGACACCCCAUCGAUUGUUCACACAGCAAAGUCUGACCCUGCUAUGACUGAUGCUACAACAGACACUGACACCCCAUCGACUGUUCACACAACAAAGUCUGACCCUGCUAUGACUGAUGCUACAACAGACACUGACACCCCAUCGACUGUUCACACAACAAAGUCUGACCCUGCUAUGACUGAUGCUACAACAGACACUGACAGCCCAUCAAUCGAUGGCACUGCAAUCUCUGACAUCCCGUUGAGUGAUGAACCCACAAACUCUGGUGCUGCACCGCCCGAUCUCACUGCGGAGGCCGACACUGCAAUGACCGAGGGCACUGCAGACACUGACCUCGUGCCCAGGGAGAGUGUGAAUUAUGUUCCCACUCCAGAUAUUGUUGAGGAGAAUGGUGUCUCCAGUCCAGAGCAAGUGCCAGCCUUCGUCAGGAACGUGCACCAGAGACUGACAGCCAGCGCCACUCCAGAAGAGAAGCUGCUGGCGGAGUUUCUGAGGGUGACUGAUGAACACCCUGCUGAUGUUGUGUUCACCCUCCUGCGCUGUGCCCCAUCGUCUGACAGAGCUGCUGCAACCCUGUGGAAGACCAUCACCUCAUCGGGAAGGACAGUGGCGAAGGUGCUGUCAGCGCUGCUCCGUGUGAUGCAGAACUGGCCAUGGCUCAGCAUGUCCACCUCCGGCGGGGACAAAACACCACAUGUCUUUGCCCUGGCUGCAACCAGGGUGAUUUGGGAGAUUCUCCAGGUGCUCCAGUGCCCAGAGCCAUUGAAAAAGUAUUCCCCCCGUCUCCUCGUGGAUCUGCUCUUCCAGAUUUCCAUCACCAGAGAGCAGACGCCAGAGGAAGUUGACACCUUGUGGAGGGAAUGCCAGAAGCAAUACGACCUUCCAACAAACUCCAAGAGGUUUGCAGUGCUGACCAUGAAGGCCCUGCUUUGUCAUCUUGAGUGUGAAGAUGUCGUGCUUUCAGUGGAACGGAAGCGUGGCUGGGACACGCUCCUCAGUGCUGAUACCCACCACUAUGCAGUGGGUCUGCUGGCCAGGGAGAUGCGCCGUGCCUCGAGCCCCUUGUAUUACCCGAUUGCCCGCUGCCUGCUGAGGCUGCUCAGCAGGGAGAAGACCUGCUGGGAGCUUCCUGCCAUGGCGUUCCUUGUGGAGGUCCUGGACUGCCCAAACAUGACUGAAUGGAGUGACAGCGUCCUGGAGAUCCUUUCCAGGCGCCUGUGGAGCCAGUGCACAGAGAUGCGUCGCCUGGUGUUGAGAGGCCUUGUGGUGUUGAGCAAGGCUCCUGUGAUGGCUGACGGCAUGCGGAGCCUGACACGAAGCCUCGUGGAAGUACUGUGGGAUACAGACAGAGAGCUGGUCAGGAUGGCCCUCUCUGUAUUCAUCAAUGAAGUCCAGGACAGAGACAUCCGAAUCUCCACCCCCACUGCCCUGCGGCUGGCUGAGGUGCUCCAGACACUCUUUGGCUAUGACAACAUCCACGUGCAGGUGCUCUCCAUUUACCUCUUCCGAAAGGUGAUGGAGUUGGGAGUGGAGGAGAGUAAACAACCCCUGAAGACACACAUCAUCUUCAGCCUGCUCCCACUUUUUUUCCACUGGCAUAAUGAGAACCAGGAUGUGGCAGAAGCCUCUCGGGAAGCGCUGCUUCGUGCAGCGUGGUUGCUGAAGAGGAGGGAUCUCGUGAAGCUGCUGAAGGCAGAGCAGCCUUGGAGAUUCAGUGAGUGCCUGCUGGAAAAGGACAAGAGAAGAGCGGUCGACUAUGUGGGCCAGGCCCUGCCGUACCUGGAGAGCCCACAGGAGUCCGUGCGAGAGGCGGCCCUCAGGUUCAUUGGGAUCGCCGGCAGGUACCUGAAGGGACAGUACCAAGAGCUGCAGCUCAUCAUCGAUGUUAUUGAAGGCAUGACUCCCGACAGCACUGCUGUCAAAAGCCUGGCACUUCAAACCCAGGAAAUCCUAAGAGCUGUCCAGAGACCUCAGUCUUAUCCAGGUUUCAGCGGUUUGAAGAUCAGCUCCAGAAUGCACAGAAUAGGGAGUCUCCUCCGUGGGGCAGCUGCUGGAGGUCAGCGGAGAACUGAUCCUGGGAACUCUGUCUGAUGGAACCACCUGAACCUGUGGGACAGACCCCUCUGUGCAACCAGUUCCUGUUCCUCCACCUUGAGACUAUGAAAUCCCUCUUAGCAUA